GUGGGCUAGCGUUAGCAGCAUUAGCCGAAUAACGGUGAUGGUGGAGUGAGAGUCACGAUCAAUUCAUUUGUUCAACACUGAUCGACACUCAUGAGAAUAGAUUAAUAACGUUGUAUGUGAUGUCUGUGAAGAGCUCUUCAGAUCUACUCAAUGAGAACACAUACAUCUCACCGUCACUGAACAUUGACCUCUGCUUAUUACAAGAGUUCAGCCUGAAAGACACAACGGACGGAUCCAACUCUUCUCCUCCAGAGAACCGGCAACACUACAGCAACACAACCUCCAUCCAGCGUCUCGCAGGCAUCAUGGGAGAACUGGACGACGACGCGCCAGGGAACGACUGGAGCAGGAAUCAUCCGGACUCUGACACCAAGUGGAUGAAGGACGACCGCAACCAGAUCUGCAAGUUAGCCGAGCAGCAGCAGGACCAGAAUCUGAACUUGGUCGAGAAUGAGAACGAGAACGAGUCGACCGAUAGAAACCCAAACCAGAACUCACAGCGGCGAAACGAGGAGAAGAACAAAACCCUUAAAGCACUCUGCUCUGAACCGCUUCUCAUUUACUCAUCAGAGGACCUUAAGGAGAGCGGUCAGGAGAAGCAAGAGGAGGAAGUGGAGGAGAAUGUUCCUGAGGGCUCCGAUUCAUGUGAGGUUCAGAGGAGACCAGAUGAUGGUGGCAGCAAAAACACGUGUUUGCUCUUCAGUAAGAACGCUGUUCCCAGUGAUGAAGACUCCAGCUGCAUGUCUGUGUCUCAGGGCAGCACGGCCAGCAGCACGCCAGAUGGAGAGCCAGAGUCGUAUUGGGACGGCAGUGCAUUUGAAACGGAUGCAGAUCUGCCCGCCGGCUGGAUGCGGGUGCAGGACACCUCAGGCACCUACUACUGGCACAUUCCCACAGGAACCACACAGUGGGAGCCGCCGGGGCCACUGGAGGACAGAGAUGCCAGCGCAUCACCUGCACACACACCAUCUGAUGAGACACCGAUGACAUGGGACAGCGUUUCACGUCCAGACAGACUUAAUGAUGAAGAACUCUGGCAGAAGGAGGAUGUGACGUCUGAUGACAGUCUGAAAGAGUUUGAGGGAGCGACUUUGCGUUACGCGUCCAUCAACCUCAGCAGCUCUCUGGCUGAAUGUGAAGAGGAGCAGACUCAUAUGAGCAGUGAUGAGCGGGCAAAGUGUUUUGCAGUGCGUUCUCUGGGAUGGGUGGAGAUCUCCGAGGAGGAAAUGGCUCCUGGCAGGAGUUCAGUUGCUGUUAAUAACUGUAUCAGACAGCUGUCUUACCAGAAACAAAACCUCGAUGACACAGCGGGCAUCUGGGGCGAGGGGAAGGAGAUGCUGCUGUUGUUGGAGAACGAGACGUUGAGUCUGAUUGAACCUCACGAUGGAACGCUUCUGCACUCUCAGCCAAUUGUCAGCAUACGUGUGUGGGGAGUCGGUCGCGACGACGGCAGGGAUUUUGCAUAUGUGGCUCGAGAUAAGUUGUCUCAUGUGCUGAAGUGUCACGUGUUUCGUUGUGACACGCCUGCAAAGAACAUCGCCACGAGCAUGCACGACAUCUGCGCUAAGAUUAUGGCCCAGAGGAAAUUAAACCCCAGAUUGACCUCUGACCCCUGCAGACUCACAGACAUCCCCUUUCAGGAGUUUCCAGUUCCCAAAAACGAGCUGGUCCAGCGCUUCCAGGUGCGAUACCUUGGACAUGUGCCGGUCGCAAAACCAGUUGGUAUGGAUGUCAUUAAUGUUGCGCUGGAGGAAGCUCUGGCUAAAGACCCAGAUGAGUGGACACCGGUGACUGUGAAUGUGGCGUCUGCGACACUCACCGUUCUGAAGUCUGAGAUGGAGGAAGUUCUCUCGGAGUGUCGCGUGCGUUUCCUGUCGUUUAUGGGCGUGGGGAAGGACGUGCACACCUUUGCAUUCAUCAUGGCAGAGGGGCCGGGAGAUUUCAUCUGUCACAUGUUCUGGUGUGAUCCCAACGCAGCCAGCCUGAGUGAAGCAGUGCAGGCUGCAUGUAUGUUGAGGUAUCAGAAAUGUUUGGAUGCCCGUCCGCCCAGCAGCAGUAACAGCAGCAGCAGCGGCUCGUGUCUGCCUGGGCCGCCCGCUGAUUCGGUCGCCCGUCGGGUGGGCUCCAGUGUGAAGAAGGGUGUUCAGAGUCUGCUGGGCAACUUCAAGAGAUCUGGAUCUCAGACGCCUUGAGUAGACAAGAAACCUUCCCUCAAUAGUGCUCACUAUCAACAUGUAUCACCUUGUGUCAUUGUCUUUACAUCAUGAUCUCAUGGGGGAAGUUGUGAGUCUACUUACUUUUAAGUGAAAUCUGAGAAAUACCACCUUGAUGAAAGUUUUGUUUUCUCUAAUACAAAUGAGACUUUGAUAUAGUGGGAAAUCAGCCAACACAGCAGGAAUGCCUUUAUUUUCUAAACAUACACCAUUAAAUAUCACUUCAGAUCCAAGUGUUCCCUGGGAGUUGAACCCAUGACUUGUACCAUGCUCGACCAGAACAGGUACAGGAAAUCCUUAAAAUAUGUGUACCAUUAAUUAUUUGCAUUGGGAUGCUUGACACAAAAGUACAAAUCUGCUAUUAUGUGUUCCCGCUCAGGCUGCUGUUUUCCCACGUUUUGAAGUCAUAUAUUAGCAUUGUGUGAGGAACGGAUCAAAUUUUAACUCUUUGUUAACUAAUAACCUUCCCCUCUACUCAAAGAGAGAGGAAGUCUCAAUGGACUCAAUGGACAUUUCACCUGGAAACUGCAGUCAAGUGAACAUGCAGCACAUCACAAGCCCCUUCGACAUUUAAUUAAGUGCAGGAUGUGAAAUUUGGUUACCUAGAAUUACAUUUUCAAUAAAUGCAAUGAAAAAUCAGCAAUGGAAUUACUGAUAGUGAAAAUGCACAUUUUUAAUAUCAGUAAUUAUGUUUGCAUUAGUAGAAACGUUCAUUCUUGAUAUGAAAAUGACAUCAUUAAUCUGAAAAUGGAUUGCAGAUUUCAUAAAAUUGAAGAUUAAUUAAAGAUAAUUAAAUACAUUUUGGAUUUCAGGACAUUUUUCACUAGUAUCAAUGUUAUAAUUGAUAUUAAAAAGUCAGCAUUUAUCAGCUUUUAUUUGAAAUUGGAAUUCUGACUAGUAUGAAAUUAUUUAUAGAAAUCCAGAAUUGUGUUUUGAACCGGAUUGAAUGACAGAUCAUUGUGGAAUUCUACUUGUGAAAAUGAUGUUAAAGAUAUCAAGAAUAGUUUUUUUAGUAUUUGAAAUUCCAGAAUGAAUAUUUCCUUGAAUAAUGACAUCAUGUUUUAUAUCAAGAAUGAAUGUUUUUACUAGUGCAGAUGUAAUUGCUGAUCUCAAGAAUUCACAUUUUAGGGGGCCUGGGUAACUCUAAAGACGCUGACUACCACCCUGGAGUCAUGAGAUUGAAUUCAGGGUGCGCUGAGUGACUUCAGCCAGGUCUCCUAAGCAAACAUAUUGGCCCGGUUGCUAGGGAGGGUAGAGUCACAUGGGGUAACCUCCUCAUGGUCACUAUAAUAUGGUUCUCAGUGGGGCGCGUGGCGAGUUGUGUGUAGAUGUGCUACUUCUCCGCAUUAACACGCUCAACAAGCCACAUGACAAAAUGCGCGGAUUGACUGUCUCAGACGUGGCGGCAACUGAGAUUCAUCCUCUGUAGGCCAGAUUGAGGCGAGUCACUACACCACCACGAGGACUGGAGCACAUUGGGAAUUGGCCAUUCCAAAUUUUAAAAAAAGUUUUAAAUGGUGAAGAUUCAAUUGUAGAUCUCUAUAUUUCAUACCCUGCAUGUGAAUGAAUUAUAAAAGGGCUUGUGAUUUGCAGCAACUUGUUUGAUGGUUUGCAAAGACAUGCCGAAUCACUUUUUUCUCAUGAGUUCAGGUAAUAUUUUCUGGGUUCCCAUAUGAGAGCAGUGUCAUUCACACUUUAUCUGCAGAUAACUGGAUUUGAACAAGAUGACACUCGAGGUCUGUCACUAGAUAUUCCCUUAUCGCACACUACAGUUGCAGUUACACAGAUUUCAGUUGCUUUUUCACAAGUGGUUUUGUUUGUUCUCUGAUGAGUUUACUGUAAAACGGAUUACAGUGUAUGAAUGUGACUUUUCAAAAUUAGAUUAUCAUAACUAUCAUAAGCACUAGAUGAAUGUAGUAGAUGUUACUUCAACUACACUCCCUAAUGACACUAAACAUUACGCAUGCUAUCACGGAACACAGAGACGAGCGUGUACACUAUGCAAUGUGCUUAUUUAUUAUUUGAUAUUCAGUUCUGGCUGACUGUUGUCAUAUAUUGUGCUAGCUUUGACAUUUUCAGUUCUCAUUUCAGUCAUUUAGCCAAAGGAAAAGUGUUUCUAUCUGGAUAAAUGAACUCUUCUCACUCCAGACUGAAUGUGACAAAUCAAUUGACCCCCCAUAAAGUCGAGUGAAAUUGCGGAUGCCGUGCCGUUUUUACGUUGUCAUGUUUUUAGGCACAUGAUUUUGUUCAUUCUUUGUAUUUGGAUGGACAUUUAUCUCUUGAUAGAUGCAGUUGCGCAUUUUAUUUGACUUCCUUUGUCAGAAAGCUUGAUUUCUUUCAUUCUUUGACUGAAGUUUUCACUGAUUUUACUUAAAUGACAUCUUUAACUGAUAUUUUGAAAACAGAUUUGUGAAUCAUACUAUUUUAUUUUUCUGUGAAAUAGCAUUAACAUAUCCUAGUCUUCCAAAGCAGAUUAGUUCUUUUGAGUCCCGCUGUAAAUGAACGUUGAAUUUUCAUAUUAUUAUUUUUUUUUAAAAGCAUGGCAUUUUGUGUUACCUUUUGUAAUUGUUUUUGCUUUAUUUGUUUUUUGUAUGUGCUGUAUACUUUAUAGGGUCUCAAUCUGGAUGGAAUUCGUAAUGAAAAACUGCUCAUUCAUUCAGUUGAGAUUGUUCGACAGAAUAUAUAGGUUACAUACGGCGAGUCUACAUCUCUACAAAUUAGUUUGCGUCACUGUCAAAUUGUAUAUUGAAGUCAAAUGUUUAUGUAUUUGAAACAAAAGCUCAAUUUACAACAAUAAUUGUCUUGUAUAUAUCCAUUAUUUGUUUGUGUUACUCAUGCUCACUGUACAUAUUGCUGUCUUAAACAUUUCACAAUGUUUUUGAAUUAAUCAAUAUCAUGUUCUGUGAUUAUUUAAUGUAUAUGCUGACUUAAACACACUAAUAGAUUUUCAUGUGUAACCUGUUGUUAAAUGGAACGUGUGAAUGCACUUGAUCGUUCAAUCUGUCUCGUGUAUCUGAAUGGUUCGUCUUGCCCUUCUCAGUUACUCUAACACAUCAUGUGUAGAUUUAGAAGUAAUGUGAUGCUUAAAAUAUAAUGGGGUGCUGUUGUUAACACUAUGAUAAUAACUGUUUAUUGUAGAAUAAGCAUACAUGUAAAUUAUACAUUGUCAAGAAAAGUCGCUUUGGAUAAAAGCAUCUGCUAAAUCAAUAAAUGUACAGUGCAUUC